UUUCCUUGGCGGAGCCGCCCGGCGGGUGGAGCCUGGCGACCCCGCCCGGCGCGUGCAAGCGGGCGGCGCUCGGCGCGGCUCCGCUCCCGGCGCUGCACGCGUGCCAAGGCGGUGCCAGGUUGUCUUCUGAAUUUUGAGUCUGAAGGUACUCUCUUGCUUUCUCAGCAAAUCAUGGACAUCGUUGGCUUUCUGAAGUCUCAAUUCAUUUGCCACCUUCUGAUCUGCUACAUAUUUAUAGUGUCAGGACUGAUCAUUAACUUCAUUCAACUCUUUACACUUAUACUUUGGCCAAUCAACAAGCAGCUGUUCAGGAGGAUCAACUGCAGGCUGGCUUACUGCAUUUCAAGCCAGAUGGUGAUGUUGCUGGAAUGGUGGUCAGGCACUGAUUGCACCCUCUACACUGACCCAGAGAGUUACAACAAGUAUGGGAAGGAGAAUGCCAUCGUAAUCCUUAAUCACAACUUUGAAAUUGACUUUCUCUGUGGUUGGAACUUUUGUGAAAGAUUUGGGGUCUUGGGGAGUUCCAAAGUCCUUGCAAAGAAGGAGCUCUCCUACAUGCCUAUCAUUGGGUGGAUGUGGUAUUUCCUAGAGAUAGUCUUCUGCAAACGUAAGUGGGAGGAAGAUCGGAAGACAGUCAUGCAGAAGUUGCUGAGUCUCCGGGACUACCCUGAGAACUUCUGGUUCCUGAUUCAUUGUGAGGGCACAAGGUUCACUGAACAGAAGCACCAGAUUAGCAUGCAAGUAGCUGAAGCCAAAGGCCUGCCUAAGCUCAAGUAUCACCUACUGCCACGAACGAAAGGAUUUGCUGUCACUGUGCAGUGUUUGAGAAAUGUAGUUUCUGCAGUCUAUGAUUCUACCCUCAAUUUUAGAAAUAACGAGAAUCCAACAUUACUGGGAGUUCUAAAUGGAAAGAAAUAUCAGGCAGAUUUAUAUGUAAGGCGGAUUCCACUAGAGGAAGUCCCAGAAGAUGAGCGGGAAUGUUCGAACUGGCUCCACAAACUAUAUCAAGAAAAGGAUGCAUUCCAGGAAGAGUACUACCGAACUGGAACCUACCCUGCAGUCCCUAUAGUACCACCCCGACGACCAUGGACACUUUUGAACUGGCUUUUCUGGGCAUUAUUGCUGCUAUAUCCUUUAUUCAAGCUGCUCAUCAAUAUGAUCAACAGUGGAUCAUCGCUGACACUGGCUAGUUUUGCAUUUGUCAUUGUAAUGGCUUCUGUUGGUGUCAGAUGGAUGAUAGGCGUUACAGAAAUAAACAAGGGCUCCACCUAUGGCAACAAUGACAACAAACAGAAACAAAAGUAGCAUCUGCAGACUGCUUCAAUCCAAAGGAAACAAAUGCAACUUCUGAAAACUCUUAAGUGCAUAUCACGGUCCUUAAAGUGAGAUCAGAGGAAGGGUAGGACGAGCAAUUGCUGUGCAUUUCUGAAUUUGUGCUCUUGUUAUUUCUCCCGAGGGGGUUGGGCUGGAUGACAUGCUUGAAAGAUGCACUCCUUCGCAUACUCUCUACAUCAGGUUUGCAUUUGUUUGGUUGGUUUGUUUUCCUAUGAAGUGUCUUAAGUUUUGAAGGAAAAAAAAAAUGCCAGUGUGCUUGUAUGAUGAGACUCUACCUGGAAACUAACCAGAGAUGCAGGCUUUAUCUUACCUAACUUAGCUCUAAGGAAUGGAUAAAUGUCAGAAGAUCAUUACAAGAUGAUGAAAAUUGAUAGUUGUGUAGAUCACACGUUAACAAUUUAACAACCAUAAUCUGUCAAUGUUUAAAUACAGUAAGAUGCUCUGCUUGGUGAUACCAGUAUUGGACUGAAGGAACUCUACUGAACUGUCAGAAUUGCAGUAGAGUUUUCCUACAUCUAGAACUUCUUCCUACCAUCUGCACCACAUGGGCCCUUUAAAACUUAAGGCAGACCUUUGCUGAGGGCCCACUCUGUUAGAUUGGAGCUUUGCAGUAGCAUAACCUGGAGUGGAAUUUGGCCUUGUGGCCUCAACAGAGCUGCAUUGCCCACUGCCAUGUCUUUCUCCAGGCAUUACAUCAGCAGGAGAGCCGAAACCUGUAAUUCUUUCGAAAAUAAAUGGCAUUUGUAGUUUGGAAAAGUUGAGGUAAUAAAAUAGCUUUCAGAUUUAAACACUGAUUAAAAUUCUAGGCCUUGCUAACAAUGGUGGAAACAAAACAACUGGGUAUAUGCUGUAACUAAGUAAUACAAAGUUAUGCCCUGCACCCAUACUUUUGUGAUCCCAGUUAAUCCGCUUAUCUGCCUUUUCUGAUAAAUUAGUUUACAUUGUACCUCAUAACAGUCAGCCUGAAGUAAUACUUAAAGUAUCUUUUGCUUCUCUUUUGGAGAGAAGAGGGAAAGUAGGAUAGAGACCUGUCACAGUAGUACAGUCUUAGAGUUUUUUAUGGCUGUCUGGACUUGCUUUGACACCUUUCCGAAUUAGAAAAAGACCUAGAAUCAAGCCCCUGGGGAAAGUGUGUUGGUCUGGUUCCUAGUACUGAUUCCAGAGCAGCUUCCUCUUGUUUUUAAACCUCAAGAGGUAGGGAUACACAAGUUACUAAAAAGAGCUUGUUUGAAGAAAGAGAAAAAAAAAUGAAAAGAGGGGACUUCCAACUAAAAAAAAAAGUCUUUUAAAACCUAAAGAUACCGAUGCAGAGCAGUGGCAUUAUUAUUGGCAUUUUCAAUUUCCAUUGCACACAAGACUAACCCAUGGUAGCUUAGGGACAGACUCUGUGUCUCUACAGAAGAAAGUGAGCAGUCUUCGUCUAGCAGCUGGUUUUUAAAAAAAAUUUUACUUUUCCUAUAAUAAAGCCGAGGCCAGAAGAAACAGGGGCUGAUAAAAUGGAAUAUGAGUCAUUCCAUGAAAUAUGCAUUUACUGUUCAGUGUAUCAGAUCAUCUAGAAAAGUCUUUUUAAUAUGCAGCACCUAAAGAGCCAGCGGAGUUGUGUUUUUAGCAUGGGGCAGGGAGUAAAGUACUUUGAGAUCAAAGGCAGUAAAAUGUACAAUGCAAAGGAAGGAAUUGGCCUUUGGAAGUGCAACAGAGUAGUCGUGGGGGGCACUUUCCCCCACCCUUCUUGUGUACACAUGCAUUCCCUGUGCUCUGAAGUUUUCUGGAAUAGGUUGUAUGAGGUCAUGAACAUAAACAUGGUCUUUAGUGUAGUUUUGCAACACCUGAAAUAGAGCCUGAGUUUCAGAGAAUACUGCCAUGCUUAUAAAGCUGUUCUCUUAAUAAAGCACAGGCCCUGCACUCUAUUUGCCAGAGCAAUUUUAACAGUGGAAAACUGAGUAUUAAAACCUGUAUUAGUGUCCAAAGGUCCAGCCAUCCUGGAGUAAUACAUCAGGCAUGCUGAUGAGACUGGCUUGAAAACACCAUACAGAAGACUUUGAAAAUGGGUGGGAGUGAGGAAAGCUCUCUCCAAGUGAGCGUGUUACUGUAAACCAUACCUGGCAGAGUGGGCUUUGGUCAGGUGGUAGAAUGAACCCUACUCUACAGGCAGGGGUGAAUAGUUCUGAGCAGCAAUACAUAUUCGUGUAGUGAUAGAGACUAUAGUAUUUUUGCCUUUUUAAGAAGCCACUGAUUUACAUGCUGGCAGGGAGACAUUUAACAUUCCUUAUGAACCUUAGUCCUUCUCUCUCCAACUGCAUGCAGUGCCACUUCUCCCAGAAUAAAAUACCAAACAUGUAACUACUUCUUCUGAAAGAGUAUUUCACACCUGUUUCCCUGGGACCAACCCUUAGAACAAGCUGAGGGCCAAACACACCACUUGUAGAUCCACCCUCCUAAGCGCUUCUAGAAGUCCCAGUGCACAAGGUCUGCACCACUGGGCCCCCUCCAGUGUUCACUGGCAAACAGAGAAAGCUCACUGGUGCUUGCCAAAGUUAAAAUAGUCCAGUUCACUGUAUUAGAAGAAUGACAUAGGUCACUAGGAAGCAGUGUUUGCCCCUCAUCCCCACAAGCAACUGUAUGUUCUACAACUGCCUUAAUAAAAGUAGUCUUAACGUUUGUUUAUACAAAAAUAAAAGUAUAAAAAGCUAAUGUGCAGUGAAUGAGUCUUCUUUUGGUUGGCAACAAUGAACUCAUACAAGUUUAAUUUUUACCUUCACUACUAGAUGCUAUCCUCUGUUCCUGUUUGUGUUCAAGGGCACCUGAAACAAGGCAAAUGAGGACACAAACCACGCAGAUACAUGUGAUAUACUGUAAAGUGAAACACACAGCAGGCCGGGGGAACUCCUGCCUCAGGGUCUUUCAUAGCCAGUUGCUGAGGAUGACCAUAUGCUUCCCUUCCUAUCAUAACUGAAAACAGAGACCUGAAGAGAAGAGACAGUCUUUGGUUAAAUUCAGCACUGGAUUUUUUUUUGAGAGUCUAGACAACACCAUGUUGGUGACCUGCACAGUGACAUUCCUUUUCUAGAUUUUCAUGUUAGAUUUUGUGAUACCUCCUCCAUAGCUCACGUGGCUGCUAAAAGCUACCCCACACCUGCAGCAAACCAAGGAUUCGUGGAUUAAGUAAGUGGAGUGAUAGGACUUUAGAAUAAAGCCAAACAUUAAAAGCAAGUUCUCUGCUUUCUAUGCAAGAUACCUAUUUUAUGGUCUAGAGCUGUAACAGGGAUAUCUAAACUUAGUGUGCACUAAUGCUUAUGAGUAACAUUUUAAGUCAAGCAUUUGUAACAGCAAGCCAAACAAAAUAUUCUAAUUAGAUGAGGUGUUGCAGAUUGUGUCUUCUAAUUGAUAACCACUUCUAACCUCUCUGUUUUCUGACUGAUGACAGUGGGAGAUGUUGGGGAAAUCGAAGUCCAGAAUCAGAAAUCAAUUUUAAAAAGCUCUUAACAAUAAGUUCUUGGUUUUGCCAAACAGAACACCAGAAUAAUCUUAGCUCAUUAGUCUCUUGGCCACAGAAAUGCCAUGCACAUCAUUCCCUGCGUUCAAGAGGAAAGUUAAUUUUACAACAUGACUCUAUCCCUUCUGUUACAGGUAGUGUCAUAUAGGUAGAGAUGAUGAAGGAGGGACCCUAAUUCUAUUAUCACUUCUGUAGUGUAAGAUGCUCCUUACGUAUCUCAAAGUUGACAAAACAUUGACUACAGCAAUGAGAGAUG